GUCUCCCCUUCAUUAACCCUCUUCUCCUUAUACUCAUACCACCUGGCAUUCACCAAAAACAGCCCCAAAUUCACCGCACUCAACCCCGCCAGCAGCCAAUCGUCCGCCAGCCACGGCCUCUCCCCUCCCCCCGCCACCCUAUGCACCACGCUCACCAGAACCGAGCUCACGAAAAACCCCAACGACAGCGUGCUCAAGAAAAGCCCCGUGCUCAUCGUCUUCAUCCCUCCCGGGCACUCCCUCAGGAAGAAAUCCAGCUGUCCCAUGUACGUCAGUGCCUCCCCUGAUCCCACCAGCACGAACUGCGGCACCAGCCAGAAAACGCUCUCGUGGGCCCGCCGCUGCCUCCGGACCUCCGUGAGCGCGGCGGCCGCCAUGGCCAGGACGGAGAGGACGAGCCCCGUCCCUAUGCGCUGGAGAGGGAAGCUUCCGGAAGAUGGGGACGAGGGCGCGGUCGUAAAUUGCCACGGUGAGGAGAAUGGCGGAGACGAAGAAGACGGUGAGGGAGGCGGCGGGGAUCUCGAAGGUGGGGCCCACGCGGCGGUCCAUGGCGACGGCCUGGGAGACGGAGAAGGUGGUCAUCUGGGCGUAGACCGUCCAGAAGAGGAUCGUGGUGGCCCACGUCGGGAGCAUGCGGAUCACGAGCUUUACUUCCUCCACGUCGGU